UGAGUCUGGCCGUCUCCAUCAUCUUCCGUUACAAAUACACUGAGUGGCUCAUGAAUGCAUUGAACUUGGAUCCUCAUCCGCCCUAAUAUUUCUUCCUAUAUAAGAUACCCACUCCUUACACUCAACAACUACAAACCCUCCUCUCUAAUUUUCUUUUCAAUUGGAAUUCUGCAACCAUGAAUUUUUCUCACAAACCGAUAACGAUUCGAGAAGUCUGGUGUCAAAAUCUUGACUCGGAAUUCAAAUUGAUCACGAAUCUCAUUGACGACUACCCAUUCAUUUCCAUGGACACGGAAUUCCCAGGAGUGAUCUUCAAACCCAAUCCGGCCUAUAAUUUAAGGCAGGGCUCACGUAGGCCGUCACCUUCAGAUCACUACCAGACACUCAAGUCAAACGUUGACGUUUUGAACUUGAUCCAGCUUGGGCUUUCUCUCACCGACGCCGACGGGAACCUCCCCGAUCUCGGCUCGGACCAGCGUUUCAUCUGGCAGUUUAAUUUCUCCGAUUUCGAUGUCUCGCGUGACUUUCACGCUCCGGACUCCAUUGAGUUGUUGAAGAACCACGGAAUUGAUUUUGAGAAGAAUCGGGAAUCGGGGAUCGACUCCGCGUUAUUUGCAGAGUUGAUGAUGUGUUCCGGGUUGGUUUGCAACGAAUCAGUGAGUUGGGUUACAGAGUUGAUCUCAUAUGCAGAAACAUAA